AUGUCUUACAUCGAGCACGGCAUUUUCAAUCUUCCCGACUUCAUCCCUUACUGUCGGUAUCCCAUCUGCACUAACCCCCAUGGACACGAAGUCGCCGCAGCCUCCGAGUCCUGGCUCCUUGCGAGUGCUCCCAUGACUGCGAAGAAGUGCCGGGAAUUCAAAGACCUCAAAGCCGGGAGCCUCGCAGCCAUGUGCUAUCCUGACACGGACAAGGGUCGUCUGCGCGUUUGUGCGGGUUACCUGAACUACCUGUUCAAGCUGGACGACUGGUCGGACGAGUUCGAUGUCAAAGAUAUCGAUAGCAUGAAGGAUUGCGUCAUAGGCGCGUUGAAUGAUCCGGUCGGGUUUGAGACGAAUAAGGCGGUUGGGAAGUUGGCCAAGUGUUUCUUUGGGCGCUUUGUACAAGACGAAGGUCCCCACUGCACUCAGCGAUUCAUCGAUACGAUGGUGCCCUUCUUUCGCGCAGUGACGCAACAAGCUCUUGAUCGUGAACACAACAAUAUCCCUGACCUCGAGUCGUAUAUUGCCCUCCGACGGAACACCAGCGGAUGCAAGCCUUGCUUUGCCCUCAUCGAAUACGCCGCCUGCAUCGACCUCCCCGACAUGGUCAUGAAGCACCUUUCCAUAGAAAUCCUUGAGAAUGCGACAAAUGAUCUACAAGGUCUUUCGCUGCAGGAAGCGAUUGACAGCGUUGGUGAACUUUGCAAAGACACCAUCGAUGCCUUCGAGUUUACUCGCCGCUCGCUUCCAUCUUGGGGCCCCGACCUCGAUCGCCAGGUUCAGUUGUACAUUGACGGCGUUCAAAAUUGGAUCAUUGGCUCAUCACACUAG